GGAGACCCAUCCAAUAUGGCGGCAAAGCUCUCCAUCGCACAAUGGGGCGUCUACGUAUUCAUUUCUAUGGUCCACGUAAGGAGCAGUCGCACGAUCAGGAAGUGAUGUAAUGCCGCUGUGCGCAUGCUCAGUUUAUCCAAAAAGAAAAACUAAACAUGUCGCUUACUAGCUUUUUACCAGCGCCAACACAGCUGUCUCAGGACCAGCUGGAGGCAGAGGAGAGGCUAUGCGCCCAAAAGGCUUACUCCACCGCUCUGGUUGCGUCCCGUAGAGAGCCCCCUCCUUAUGGACACAGGAAAGGCUGGGUACCCCGCGCAUUGGAGGACUUUGGAGAUGGGGGGGCAUUCCCAGAGAUCCAUGUGGCUCAGUUUCCUCUGGAGAUGGGCAGGGGGAAGAGAACGUCCAAUGCCCUGGCUGUGCAAGUGGAUGCUGAAGGAAAAAUCAAAUAUGAUGCCAUUGCCAGACAAGGACAGGGAAAGGACAAGGUGAUCUUCAGCAAGUACACCGACCUGCUUCCCAAAGAGAUCCUUCAUGAAGAUGCACAAGGCCUGCAGAAGCCAGACGAGGAGGCUGUUCAAGAGCUGACGGAGAAAACUCGUGCCGCCCUGGAGAAGCAAGUGUCUCAGAAGAUCGCAGCUGCCAUGCCCGUCAGAGCCGCAGACAAACAAGCUCCUGCCCAAUACAUCAGAUACACUCCUUCCCAGCAGGGGGUGGCUUUUAAUUCAGGAGCCAAGCAGCGAGUUAUCCGUAUGGUGGAGAUGCAGAAAGAUCCGAUGGAGCCUCCUCGUUUUAAAAUCAAUAAGAAGAUUCCUCGAGGACCCCCUUCCCCUCCCGCCCCGGUCAUGCACUCUCCAAGCAGGAAGAUGACGGUCAAAGAGCAGCAGGAGUGGAAGAUUCCUCCGUGUAUUUCCAACUGGAAGAACGCUAAGGGUUACACCAUCCCCCUUGAUAAACGUUUGGCUGCAGAUGGAAGAGGUCUUCAAACCGUCCACAUUAAUGAGAACUUUGCCAAGCUGGCCGAGGCGCUCUAUAUUGCCGACAGAAAGGCUCGAGAGGCCGUGGAGAUGCGAGCGCAGGUGGAGAAGAAGAUGGCUCAGAAGGAGAAGGAGAAGAAGGAGGAGAAACUCCGCGAGCUGGCUCAAAUGGCUCGAGACCAAAGGGCGGGGAUAAAAAGCCACGGGGACAAAGCAGGUGGUGAGGACAGCGAGGCCAGGGAGCGUGACAUGAUCCGCCAUGACAGAAGGAAAGAGCGGCAGCACGACAGGAACAUUUCCAGGGCGGCGCCCGAUAAGAGGUCAAAGCUGCAGAGAGAUCAGGACAGAGACAUCAGUGAGCUCAUUGCUUUGGGCAAAGCCAACCCUCGUUUCACCAGCGAGGCUCAGUACGACCAGAGGCUCUUCAAUCAGAGCAAGGGGAUGGAUAGUGGUUUUGCUGGUGGUGAGGAUGAGACGUACAACGUGUACGAUCAGCCGUUCCACGGAGGCAGAGACAUGGCCUCCAACAUCUACAGGCCCAGCAAGAACAUCGACAAAGACGCCUACGCCGAUGACUUCGACUCGCUCAUGAAAAACAACAGGUUUGCUCCAGACAAAGAGUUCUCAGGUGCGAACCACGGCCAGAGAAGAGACGGGCCGGUCCAGUUUGAGGAAGAUCCCUUCGGUCUGGACAAGUUCUUGGAGCAGGCCAAACAGCACGGCGGCUCCAAGAGGCCUUCGACCAGCACCCGCUCCAAGGACGACUACCAUGACAAGAAACGCAGGAAAGAGUGAGACCCCUUCAGAGGGAGAUGACUUCUGUGGCUCAGCACAAGAGGGAUUCAUCGGUCCGUCGUUACGAUUUAGUCAGUUUUCAUUUCCCUUUUCUCAUUAAAUCUACGCUGAAGAGCUGUGAAGGAAAUGAGAAACUGUUAGUGUGCUGUUGUGUACAUUAAACUGAUAUUACAGCUAAGUCCUGUCAUUCCUCUGCUCUAGCUGAAUGUUGCUUUAGGUUUUUUUGUAAAUACUUACCAAACCCAACCGCAGACUCAGCAGGAGCCGGUACUGCUUCAUAUUUACACUUUCCCCCUUUUCCCCUCGUCUUCGUAGCAACUUCUAUUUAAAACCUUAGUUAGUUUGUCCAGCAGAGUCACAAACGAGUGGGAGUCAUUCAGACGAGCUUUAUAAAUCUUGUAUGUUGCAACCAGUGGAAUAAAUUUCAUAUAAAGUGUU